AUGCAUGAGUGGAAACAAUUGUGGGAGGAUCUUAGUCAUCAGUUCAUGGGUUCUAAGCCUUGCUUGUUUGCUGGUGAUUUUAAUAUCAUUCGAAAUAAUUCGGAGAGAAGGGGUGGAUGUUCGCAACCCAUUUAUGCGAUGGAAGAUUUCAAUGAAUGGGUACACCAAUGUGGUUUAGUUGAAAUGAAAUCGAAGGGUUGUAACUUCUCCUGGUGCAAUGGUCAGCUGGGUCUCGCUCGGUCUUGGGCUAAGUUAGAUUGGAUCUUCAUGGAUUUUUCUUUGUUUUCUUCAUUUCUGCAAGUCGUCUGUUCCUAUCUUCAACGCACUACGUCUGAUCACUCUCCUAUGGUUAGUGAAUUCAAGAUGGAUCCUUUCUCUUAUGGUCCCUCGCCUUUUGGUUUUCAACAAAUGUGGAUGAACCAUCCACAAUUUUUAGAGUGUUUUCGACAGGCUUGGUCUAGGUCAGUUGUUGGCCAGGGACUUAAUAAGUUGGCUGCAAAGUGGACGGAAAGGGAUCUUCUUUUCUUGUCUGCGGAAUUGGAUAUUUGGAUCCAUCUUAAAGAUACCAUAUUGGCCGAACUAUCUAAAUUAAAAUGUCAUAUGGAAGGUGAUCGUAACACAAAAAUUUUCCAUGUAUGCCUGGCCAAUAAACGGCAUAAACGAGUGGUGGAAAUGAUGUCUUCACUGAAGAGUAUUCACCAGGGGGUUGUGGACUUUUUUUCUAACUUUCUACUAGGGCUACCAACUAGAACACCUCCUGAUUUGUCGACUCUUAUUUCUCCAAUUAUUUUGGAUACUGAUCAUUCAGGAUUGUGCACCGUUCCUUCUAUGACGGAAGUUUUCUCGGCUCUUUCCUCUAGACCGCCUAAUAGUACUCCGGGUCUUGAUGGGUUUGGUUUGGGUUUCUUCAAAAGUUGUUGGAAGGUGGUGAAACAUCGAAAAUUGAAGAGAAUGCCUAUAGUGUAG